CUGGGAUCACUGUGUGUAGGACCACAAAACUUUAAACGCUCAUCAUGUCCACUGUCAAGGAGCAGCUCAUUCAGAACCUAACUGAAGAAGAUAAAACCUCCCGGUGUAAGAUCACUGUGGUCGGAGUUGGAAAUGUUGGCAUGGCGUGUGCUAUUAGUAUUUUACUGAAGGAUUUGGCUGAUGAACUUGCCCUUAUUGAUGCUGAUGCAGACAAACUGAAGGGAGAGACACUGGAUCUUCUGCAUGGCAGCCUUUUCUUCAACACUCCAAAAAUCAUCUAUGGGAAAGAUUACAAUGUAACUGCCAACUCCAAAUUAGUUAUUGUCACAGCUGGUGCAAGGCAGAAGGUGGGAGAAUCGCGCCUUGACCUGGUCCAGCGUAAUGUUGCUAUCAUGAAAUCCAUCAUUCCCGGCAUAGUCCAAAACAGUCCUGACUGUAAAAUACUGAUUGUCUCAAACCCAGUGGAUAUUUUGACUUAUGUGGUAUGGAAGAUAAGUGGCCUCCCUGCAACUCGUGUGAUUGGAAGUGGCUGUAACCUAGACUCUGCCCGUUUCCGCUACCUGAUUGGAGAGAAGUUGGGUGUCCACCCUACAAGUUGCCAUGGCUGGGUUCUCGGAGAACACGGUGACUCUAGUGUGCCCUUAUGGAGUGGUGUGAAUGUUGCUGGCAUACCUCUGAAGUCACUGAACCCAGCAUUAGGAACGGACUCGGACAAGGAACAGUGGAAACAGAUCCACAAACAAGUGGUGGAAAGUGGCUACGAGGUCCUUCGACUGAAGGGCUAUACCUCUUGGGCUAUUGGGCUCUCUGUGACAGAUCUGGCGAGAUCAAUGCUGAAGAACCUUAGGAGGGUGCAUCCUGUUUCCACACUGGUUAAGGGCUUAUAUGGGAUAAACGAGGAAAUCUUUCUCAGUGUUCCUUGUAUCUUGGGACGAAACGGCGUCACAGACAUUGUGAAAGUGAACCUGAACUCUGAGGAGGAGGAACUUCUCAGGAAGAGUGCAGAAACCCUCUGGAACGUCCAGAAGGACCUGGAAAUAUGAAGUCUCAACAUUCUACACUUUUACAGAUACGGGUCUCACCACAGAGCCUGGCUGGCC